AUGUCCACGCUACGGCCGUCAGACCUCAGGAUCGACUAUAGUAAGAGCACAGAAGAAGUGUACACGGAUCUAGCUAUCUACAUCGCCACCAGUCGUCGCUUCAUUGGUGCACUUCUCGGACUGAAUGCUGGCUUUGGGACCCGACCACUCUUGAAUCUCCCUAGCUGGGUGCCCGACUGGAAGACUCUUACAGAUGGACCUGCCAAGCACCAAAUCUUGGAGCAGGCCACUCUGGUAGAUGAUGGCAGCAAGACAAAAGUCACCUUCCAGUCGAAGAGAUUGCUCCUGCGCGGAUAUAUGGUCCGGAGUACGCUGAGUGCCGAAUGGUUUACAAUAAUUCCGACCACUGUUAACCUCCAGCAAGCCGACGACUACCGUAUUAUCGCAUGCUUUGGUUGUGGUCUUCCGCUUAUCUUGCGCGGCUCUUGGUCGCUCACGGGAUCGACAGUGAAACAGCCUCCCAAUGACAACCUCCCUAAUUCAGUGCUACCUCCCGAAAGCGGUACGACGAGCUUCACAAACAUCGACUGA